AUGGCCUCGCGGGGCGGGGGGACACCCGCGGCGAGCGGGGCGAGCGGCCCCGCCGAACUACAGCUCCCACAAGGCCCGCGCGGCCUCUCGCCGCCGCCGCCGCCGCCGCCCCGGAACUACGCGGACCACAAUGCACCGCKCCGCCGGCGGAACUACCCGCCCCACACUGCGCUGCGGCCCCUCCCGGCGCGCGCGCGCAUCUCGCGAGAGGCCGCGGGACGCGGGAGGUUCGCGGCCGUUACCGGUGCGACCAUGGCCGAGCGGCGAACCCGGGCCCGGGCCGGCCUCAGGCGCAGCGGCCGCCACAACGCGCAGGCGGCGGCCCAGACUGGAUCAAGUCUAGAAAACAAGAGUCAUUCUGUCAGAAGCACCGUGGCAAAUCAGAGACUGGCAGUGUUCCCUGAUCUCAAAAAUGGCACACCACGGCUUAUGCUCAAGAGAGUCAUGCAGAACCAACCCCAAGUUUCACCUCUGGCACCUCAGAUACCUAACAGUGAAGACACGGAAGAAGCUCAUUCUGAGGUCCCAUCUAAGAGGGUUUCCAGCAUGGGAGAAUUGCAACUGCCAGAUGUUGCUCCUGAGGGCACGUUUGUCACUGUGUUCCACAUGGGAAAGAGGAGAAAGAAAGUCAGCAUUUCUGAAUUUGAGAGAGCAGCAGAGAGACGACUUCUCCAGAGCCAAGCUCAGUCAACGAUGGACAACACAAUGAUGACUCGAUCCCUUCGUAUGUCUGUGGGUUCCUUGAUGGCCCCAGACCCUGUUGAAAAGAGAGGCUUGCUCCGGAGGCCAAAAAACCGCAAGGCUGUUGACGUGCAAGCUUUUGAAGGCGGAGUGGAGCAGAACCUGCUAAAAAGCAAAGGACAGAACUAUCUUGUGGACUCACUAUCUGCAUCUGGAAUUCAAACAAGCAUCCUGACAAAUGAUGCAGAAGUCAUGAUGAAUAGCACAGAACUCUUUGUUCAGUCCCAGCUGGAUGAACAGAGCCAAGAUAAACUUUCUGCUCUUGAACCGCAGCUGUCGGAUUCGAAAACUUCAGCACAGAAGAGCAAAAUUUCUGAUGCAGAUCAAGAGGAUGCAAGACUGGAGGGCAUGGUAUCCAGUGUGGGCACAAACGAGGGAGGGACCCAAAGAUAUUCCAAGAACUCAAGCCUUGAUCAUGAGCAYGUUGACAGAAUGACUCAUGUAUCUCCAGAAACACCUACAAAACRGCAAGAAAGUGAACAAGAUCAUUCCCRACAGAGUAACCCAAAGGAGCAGGUUUCUGUUUCUGAAGAGAAGAUGGCUGGCACUGCAGAACAUGGUGCAAGCGCUGGAUAUUCUGAACAUUUGGAGAAGAAUCUGACUGAACAAGCCGAAUUGCAGAUAGCUGCAGCACAGGACAGCAGAGGUGAAACAGAAGUGGUUCCUUCAGCAGRAGAGGAACUGGCUGAAGGCAGCAUUGGAGCCCAUGGCUCUCCUGGAGCUGAAUAUGAGAUUACCAGAGGUAUUGGAGCUGAAAAUSUGGACAGGCAAUUUCAUGCCUCUUCCCCACUUGAAAAACCAGGGAUGACUCCAUUAAAUGAAACUGAUGAACAAGGAGAUGAACUAGAAGAUCAGGCUAUCAUGCUUGAGUUGGAUGAUUCAGUGGAAGAGCCUGCUGGAGAUGAAGCUGAACCCCCUCCAAGUCAAGAGGUUUCCAUGAAGACUCCUGCGUUUGUCCGUGUUCCAGCCCACAACCCCCUACUGUCAACUACRCAUGUUGCAAAGUCUGCUGCUCCCAGGUCUCCCCUGAAGCUGCUGCAGCCUAAGGCAGUUCCCAAGAGAUUGGGAACAUCCCAGAAGAAACCMCAUGAGCCUCAAUUACCAAGAAGUUUGAUAAAGGAGAUAUUUAGCCAUUUUGUUAAAAUGCCAGUGACCAGAGAUGCRUUCAAAAUUGUUGAAAAAUGCUGUGAGAGAUACUUCARGCAGCUGAGCAAUGAUCUGGAAGCUUACGCCAGCCAUGCAGGGAGGAAGACAGUGGAGGUGGCUGACCUGGAAGUUCUCAUGAGAAGACAAGGGCUGGUGACAGACAAGAUGCCGUUGCAUGUGCUGAUAGAGCGUUACCUCCCUCUGGAGUACMGGAAGCUCCUGAUUCCAGUUGCUGUGAGUGGAAAUAAAGUGAUCCCCAGCAAGUGAAGGUGCAGUGAAGGCCCCUGUGGAUGGAAAGACAGCCUUCUCCCAGGGACUGGCUGCUGAUUGUUCCUUGUCACUGCUCCAGGUGAUGCUUUUCCACACAUAACCAGCCAGCAGUUAUGUUCAAGGACUGAUUGAUGUUCUGAGUGGAAGCUGGUUGUGCUGUGGUUGUCACACCACCCUUCUGGGUCUCACCAGCCUUCAUUACAAAUAAUUUGACUAUCCUUAUUUUUUAAUGUAACCUAUGAAUACUUGUUCAGCUCUGAUAAAUAAAAUGUUACAUGUAUUUUGUGUAAUGCCAAUGAGCUGAGAGUCUCCUGCACUGUGAUAUUUAAAUUGUUCCUAACAGGCAAUUUAGCUGUGCUAAAUGAUUGGUGCUCUUCACGCCAACCAGGUGUUUGUGUUGGACACGCCUGUGUGGUUUCUGUUGCUCUGCUCCCAGUGGGAGCCAUGGUGCCCCUUUGUUUUCCCUUGGUAUUUUUGAACAGGCAGUUGCUGCAUGGAGGAGCUGCUCCAUGCUGUGCUCCCCUUGUGCUCCUCACAACAGGGAGAGAAAGCAGAACUCUUGUGUAUGAUUGUACUGCUCAC